ACCCGAUAAAUAUCCAAUAACACCUCCUAAAUCAAUUGUAACUUAAAGCCUCUUACUUAUACCCUUCUCUCCCUUUUUCCCUGUAUAUUUGCAGAAAAGCAGCUUAAUGGAUACAAUCAUGAAGCUUUUCUCUCCACAGUACUCUGUUCCUGCUUCUGCUUCGUUUACGGUCAUGAGGCUUUUCUUUGUUAUGACUGUAGUCAUUGAUGGCGGUGGUGCUAUACCGCCAUUAUUUCCGACUAAUGAUACAACAAUUCCUGCAGUGAUUGUGUUCGGAGAUUCAAUCGUGGAUGCUGGAAACAACAACAAUCUUACAACUAUAGCUCCAGUCAAAUGCAAUUUCCCACCUUAUGGGAGGGACUUCAUCGGAGGAAAGCCUACUGGAAGGUUUAGCAAUGGAAGAGUCCCCUCGGACAUGGUUGCCGAAGCUUUUAAUGUGAAGAAGAUAGUGCCUGCUUAUCUAGAUCCUAAUGUGCAGCUCGAAGACCUCCUUACCGGAGUCACUUUUGCCUCCGGGGGAGCAGGAUAUGAUCCUCAGACUUCUAAUCUUGUGUCUGUGAUAUCACUAACGGAUCAGCUAAAACUAUUCAAAGAGUACAAGAACAAGUUAACAGCAGCAGUUGGGGAAGAAAGAACGGCGAAUAUAAUCUCCAAAAGCGUUUACUUCGUGUGCUUUGGGAGCAACGACAUUGUAAAUACUUACUUUUCUAAUCCCUCAACCCAACUUCACUAUGACGUCCCAGCCUACGCUGAUUUGUUGGUUAAAAAUGCUGCAACAUUUUUACAGGAACUUUAUGGAGAAGGAGCAAGAAGGAUAGGAGUUCUAAGUUUACCACCACUAGGCUGUGUGCCAUCACAGAGAACAGUACGUGGAGGCAUUCAGAGAAAUUGUUGGGAGCCUCUGAACCAAGCAUCUACAGUAGUCAACACCAAGAUCUCCUCCAAACUUAAUUCCUUGAAUAAAAAUUUCCCGGAAGCUACGUUUCUCUACCUUGAUAUCUAUAACCCAUUGCUUUCCCUCAUUCAAUAUCCUGCAAAAUAUGGAUUUGAAGUGGCAACAUUGGGAUGCUGUGGAACAGGAAUUAUAGAGGUGAGCGUGCUGUGCAACUCUUAUGCCAAAAACACAUGCAAAGAUGCCUCCAGAUACGUUUUCUGGGACAGUUUUCAUCCUUCGGAAAAGGCUUAUGACACACUUGUUCAUAUUGUUCUCAACAAUCCAAAUUGACAAAUUCUUCUACUUAUUUAUUUCUCUAUACAAAUGAUUGAUUACCCCUACUUUGCUUGCAAUGUUAGUUCUUCCAUGCACUAUUACAUAAUGCCAUACUUUAAUUGUCGAAAUUAUAGAUCUCUGUUGCGGAAAUUUCUGUGUUA